CAGAGCUUCUGUGCGCAGUCACAGAGCUUUUCAUGGAGAUUAGCUUCGAAACGCAUAUACACAGAAACCUUCAGAACCUCCGCCUCACCUGCAGACAAUUGCGAGACGCGGCUUACAGACCGUUCGCAAUCAGGUUCUUCCGUAAGCGUAGUCAUGUCAUCUCUGCUUUCAGUAUCAACACGCUCCACGACAUCAUCUCAGAUCCGCACUUUGGACCACAUGUCAAGGAGCUUACUCUUGUCGUCAUGAGAUCGAAAUAUACUGGCUAUGAGCACGUCUUUGGACUCAGAGAGGGUGGCAAAGAGAAAGAGAUGCAUGCUUCGGAUAAGAAGUUUGUCGUCUCUGGACUUUACGGCCAGCUGAUGGAGAAAAUCUUUAUUGUCGCUCACUCAUAUGGCAACAAUCUUGCUAUCGGGAUCGAAAAGCUCCCCGGAACGGCACACGGCUGGUUUGACGUUCGGGACGCAGAGGAGAAGUACCCGGAGUCAUACGCACUUGCUCGUACCCUCGAUGCCGCUCGGCGUGCCGGUGUCUCUCCCCCAGACUUCCAUGUCGAAACUGGCGCAGACUCGGACCACAUGGAGAACACCAUCAUGAAUCAUCUGGGCAGUCAAGAUGACCAAUCUUUCAACUUUUCGUUGCGUUCCUGGCACACAAAGGUCAUGUAUGAUCACAGACAAAAGACACUGAAGUUGUUCAAUUACGGGGCGGCUGUCCAAGACCACUUCAGUGCACUGAUCGCACGGGUGGUGGAAACUCUACCCGCACAGAUGGUUAUUGCUAAAGUUGAAGUGAAUGGCUUUUGGCUGGCGGGUAGCAAUGAACUCACAACCAACGUACUUCGACCUCUGCUGCCUCAACUGGAAAGCUUUGAGCUCUGUUCGAUAUAUAGGCUCCCGAUGGGAACGUUGUCCUCGAUCAUGAAAUCCCUGGCUGAGGCACCCAAGUUGACCCGUUUUGUGUUCUCCCCAGACCUAAGCUACGGUUACCACGGUGGAGCCCGAGAAAGACUUGAGUACGAAGCUAACGACCUUUCGUCACUGCUGAAGGAUGGGGCUGCAAGUUUAAUCUCGAAGACCAUAAUCUGGGAUUGAUUCGAAGCUCACAUCAAAGGGUGGAAGAGACGUAAAGGAUGAAGGGAGUAUGGAAAGAGGAAAGACUUUCACGAGGCAGAAGAUAUGACUUUGGAAGAGGAACAGACGAACGAGUUGUCAAUUGCUCAGAUAACACAGCUAAUGGCUAAUGGGAUGGGCAAAAUGCUUCAUAAGCUAUUUAUCACGACCGCGGCAGCAGGA